GGAGGGGGAGGCGGGGGGCGGGGCGAGGCGCGGGCGGGCUCCGAGGGUCCAGUUUGGAAGCGGCAAAAGCCCCGGCGCAAAGCUAGGCCGAACCGCGCGGCGCCGCGAAGUCAAGGCCGCCGGGACCCGUCGCCGCUGGCGCCUUCGCGAUCGCAGCCAUCCAUCCCGCUCAUCCCUCGCCCGCUCUUCCAAAGGUCUCCCUCGGCAUCGCCCGUUCAAAACUGCGGCGCCAUCCGGAACAGCUAAGUGGUCAUUUCGGGACUUGGGGUUGAGAGUCUGGGCGGGAGUUGGGCGCGGGCUGCAGCCAGCGCGCCAUCCCAGCAACAGCCUCCGCCGCUGCUGCAGACACCCCUCCCCACCCCCGGCGGGAGAGAACUGUAUCCAGAGGCCCACGCAGUCCCAAGUUUAGAGUUAGAGCGUUUCUGCCAAGCGCUGGUGAAGAAAUCACGAAAAAAAAAGUUCGUGUUGGAGGGUGUUGGCUUUCUCUCAGCUUAAUCGGGCAAGUCAGUGGCAACUUUGCCAAAGCCUCCUAAAACCCCGAACCAUGUCGCCCCCAACUGUGCCUCCCAUGGGUGUAGAUGGUGUGUCUGCCUACCUGAUGAAGAAGAGGCACACCCACAGGAAGCAGCGGCGCAAGCCCACUUUCCUCACCCGCAGGAACAUCGUGGGCUGCCGCAUUCAGCACGGCUGGAAGGAGGGCAACGAGCCGGUGGAGCAGUGGAAAGGGACGGUGCUCGAGCAGGUUUCUGUGAAGCCCACCCUCUACAUCAUCAAAUACGAUGGCAAAGAUAGCGUGUACGGACUGGAACUGCACCGGGAUAAGAGAGUUUUAGCACUUGAGAUCCUUCCCGAGAGAGUGCCAACUCCUCGCAUUGAUUCCCGCCUGGCAGAUUCCCUGAUUGGCAAGGCUGUGGGGCAUGUGUUUGAGGGGGAGCACGGCAGCAAAGAUGAAUGGAAGGGCAUGGUCCUGGCACGAGCCCCAGUGAUGGACACUUGGUUUUACAUCACCUACGAGAAAGAUCCGGUGCUUUACAUGUACACGCUGCUGGAUGACUACAAAGAUGGUGACCUGCGCAUCAUUCCAGAAUCCAACUAUUAUUUCCCCACAGCAGAGCGGGAGCCUGGAGAAGUGAUUGACAGCCUCGUGGGCAAGCAGGUGGAGCACGCCAAAGAUGAUGGGUCCAAGAGAACCGGCAUUUUCAUCCAUCAGGUGGUGGCCAAGCCGUCUGUCUACUUCAUUAAGUUUGAUGAUGAUAUUCACAUUUAUGUCUACGGUUUGGUGAAAACCCCCUAAAUUCAUGGUGUGUGUUUUGCAAAAUUUGUGGAACUAUUAAAUGUACAAUAUGUCGUGUUACUGUAAUUGUACUUUUGAGAACAGCUUUGGUAUCAGAGAGUCAGGAAUUUAUUAUUACUUUUUACUUACUGUGCCUCUAAAUCUUAUACAUUUACUAGUUCCACAGUUUUGCCCAAGUGUGCUUUGGUUCCUCCGAUAUUGCCUUGUUCUGAAAUGGAAAAAUUUAAAGUGGGUGGUGCUCAUAGGAAAUUGAAAAGUGUUCAUUAUGAUCAGAACAGUGAAAAACUAAAGAAAAAUUAAUGGUGUACUCCCUCACCAUAUCCUUCCCCCUUUUCCCUGACCUUCCUUAUUUCUUUUCCUCAGAUAACAAGUGUUAAGAACAUAAUGCACACCCUAUGUUUAUUUUCCAAUCCUUUUACAAAAAGUUUGUUGCAGUUGUUUCUGAAAAAAUGACAAGCCACAUCAUUUCUUUGUCAUUGCUUUUCUUAAUUCUUUCUGAUCAGUAGCUGCAGAUAUUUCUCCCUUUCCCUUCAUUUUUCUAUCCUUCUUUCCCUCCCCACCUCUCCCUCUGGAAUUUAUUUUUUAUAUAAUAUUAAGAUAAAGGUCCAGUUAUAUAUUUUGUACACAUUGGAUACCUGAUCAUGCCAUUACAUUUAUUAAAUACAACAUCCACUUCCCUCUCAGGAAUUUAUUUUUGUAUAUGGUAUAAGAUAGAGAUUUAACUAUACAUUUUAUUCACAUUGGAUACCUGAUUGUGCCAGCACAUUUAGUAAAUAAAUCACCCAUUCCUACCUCUCCCUCUCCCUCUUCCUCCCUCCCUCCCUUCCACCCUUCUUCUCUCUCUCUCUCUCUCUCUCUCUCUCUCUCUCUCUCUCUCUCUCUCUCUCUCUCUGUCUCUUUCUCUCUCUCUCCCCCCUGCCUCUAACAGCUGCAUACAUAGUACAUAUUUAUUUAACUAGUGCUUUCAUUUCUAUAGGGUCCAUUUCUAGAAAUGAGAUUGCUAGGUAGGCUUAUAUUUAAUGUUUAAAGGUACUGCAAAUGUAUCACCUAAAAUGAAAAUUCUUAUUUUCCAGCAUCCUCUUCAGCACUCUUUUUUACAAAUUUGAAAGGCAGAAAUUUGUUGUAUUGUUUCUUUAAUUGGCAAACUCAAUGAGGUUUUCUGUUUGUUGGUUUCUUUUUAGGGGGGUUUGUUUGUUUUGCUUUUUGGACUUUUCUCUUUUGUGAUUUGCCAGUGUUUACCCUAUGUUCAUUUAUCUAUUUUGAAUCUUUGAUCUUUUCCUUAUAAAUUCUUACUAUAUUUAGUAUAUGGUGUAUAUGAACAUAUUAAUCAUUUGUAGCCCAUAUGCGUUAUGAUUUUUCUAUCCUAUCAUUAAUCUUGACUUUAUUGAUGGUAUAUUUUACUUUUCAGGUUAAAUUUUUUUUUUAGAUAGACCACUUUCUCCUUUUUAGUUGUUGGGGUUUUGUUUGUUUGUUUGUUUUGGUUUGGGUUUUCUGUCUUUUUUCAGAUGAAUGUCCCAACCCCAAGUCAUACAAAUAUACACCUGCAUUUUUUUUUUCUAAAAAGUUCAGGUUUCACUGUUUGAUCCAACUGAAAAUUCUUUUUUAUAUGGUAUAAAGUAGAUGGCCAACUAUACAUGUUGUUUACAUUGGGUAACUGAUUGUACUAUACAUUUAUUUAAAAAACCACCCAUUUUCCAAUUUCUGACCCAUGUCACAUUAUUUUAACUGUAGUGGCUUAACCUUGAAUUUUGGACUCUGGUAAAGCAAGUUACCUCUCAUUAGUUUUUUUUUUUUUCCUUCAUUUAUAUAACUUGUCUUAUCCAUUCAUUCUUUU